AUGCCCGACUCGGAGUCGCAGCUGCAGCCCAUUGCGCACGAAGACUCGAUCGCGACCUCCGCCCCUGUCGCAAUUCGCUCCGCCUCCGUGUCCACCGCUGUCGAUUCCUCCCUCAGUCGCGACCCUAAGCUCAUCCCAACGAAUACCUCGUCGAGCUACCCUGGCGAUAAGAGAUCGAGACUUGGACAGGAGGAUGCCAAACUCGACUCCGGGCUGGAUCUGUCCAGCGCGACAGCCGUCGCCCACGACCCGCGAUUAAUCGAAUCGGACCACGCCAAUCCUGGCGUCAAUAGCUGGCGGUCGCUGCGCAGUAUACCGAGCAUUAUUGUGAAUGACACGGGGUCUCGCCCCGGCUCGCGCCCGGGGUCUCGUCCGGGAUCUCGCCCGGGCUCUAGAUGGUCAGAACGGAAAUUUGGGCUGCGGCCUAAGCGAUCAUCCGAGUUUGAUAGAAAAGGGGAGUCUCCGCCCCCCGUCCCUCAGAUCGAGGCCCCUUUCAAUGGGAUCUCCCUGGAUAUCCCCACCAGUUCUCUUGAUGGUCUAGGCCCACAGUCGAUGCGAUUCUCCAAGCGCGGAAGUCUCAUCAAGGAAGAACAGAGGCAGCAAUUGCAAAGGCAGUUGCAGCAGCACGAGGAAGAACAACAGCGACAACAACAGUCGCUAGAACAACAACAAUCUUCGGCAUCGCCACCCCCGCCGCCACCGGAGGAAGACGCAGCCUCGCAAGCGGAACAGCAAAGCGAGAAAGGGACCGAGAAGGAUACCCUGAAUUCAUCGCCCGUCCCUCCCCAAGAAUUGAGUGUUACCUCAACAGAAGCGUUAGAGCCUCCACAAAGACGCCCAAAGACUCGGGCAUCGCUCCGUGUCCGGCAGAGUGCUCUUGCAAGUAGGGCUAUAUCCGCGGACGAAGACAUGCUGUCCCGCCGGGUGAGGUUGAUGUACGAGAAGGGGAACGAGAAUGUGACAGACUCCGAGGUCGCGCAAGCAAUGGCCAUCGAAGAGGGUGUACUGUGGGAAGAAACGGCCCCAGCCAGCACUGAAACCUCUCGUCUGUCUGGUCUAAGCGUAUCUGGCGCGGAGUCAAAGAGCGCGGUAUCAUCUGUUGAUGCGGACAGCACGACGAACUGUACGAACCAACGCGAGGCGAACGAGCUGGCUGGUGGGAUUGAAUACUGGCAGAAUAUCAAGGCGGGAGACGUGGAUAGAUACGGGUUUAUUCGUUCCAUGACUUCCAAUUCCAUUGAAGGCAUGGAACACAGCCCGAUCCAACGGGUCUCGACCAGUCUGCUGUUAGCUGCGGAGACGCCUCGACGGAAACACACCAUCCGGCCGCCAUCGGCUCUCGCGAGCAACCGCUCAUUCAUCGGCCGGUCCCCGACGAGGAAGUUAUCCGAGCACUCCAUUCGUCCAUCUUCAUCACAGAGCACAUAUAGUUCACCCUUGCGGAGGUCGACCUCAAGGUUCCGCCAGGCGGCGAACUUCCUUCCCCAUAACCGGGACCGUCGGUUCAAAGACGAGGCGGCCGACAUGCUUACGAUGCCGGAGGAUCUCAACAAGGUCGAUACCCCCGCCGCCCGCGCCGCGCGGAAGAAGGAGUGGCAGCGCGAGGACAAAUGGACCAAGAUGGCCAAGCCGACGAGGAGGAGCAAAGAUGGGGGAGGCAUGACGUUCGAGUUCGACACGCACAGCUCCAAACUUGUCGAGCGCACCUGGAAGGGUAUUCCAGACCGGUGGAGAGCAACCGCGUGGUAUUCUUUCCUGGAAUCGAGUGCCAAGCAACGCAGCAACAGCCCAUCCGAGGAGGAGCUCAUUGAAGCUUUCCACGAAUUUCAGCUCGUCUCUUCGCCUGACGAUGUCCAGAUUGAUAUCGACGUCCCGAGAACGAUAACAAGCCAUAUCAUGUUCCGCCGGCGCUAUCGUGGCGGACAGCGGUUGUUGUUUCGCGUGCUCCACGCCAUGUCGUUGUACUUUCCGGACACAGGGUACGUUCAGGGCAUGGCGGCACUCGCUGCAACUCUGCUUGCGUACUAUGACGAAGAGCAUGCAUUCAUCAUGCUCGUUCGGCUGUGGCAGCUUCGCGGGCUAGAGCGGCUGUAUCAGUCCGGGUUCUCUGGUCUUAUGGAGGCGUUAGGUGAUUUCGAGCGAGAUUGGCUGGCCAAAGGCGAAGUUGCCAGCAAACUAAAUGAACUUGGAAUCCCGCCUACCGCAUACGGCACUCGCUGGUACUUGACGCUGUUCAACUACUCGAUCCCGUUCCCGGCUCAACUCCGCGUAUGGGAUGUAUUCAUGCUUCUCGGGGAUCCACAAGACUUCCAGCUCAACGGAAAGACUGCCGACACCGAAGUAUCUACGAGUAGUUUCGGCAAAGGCUUUGACGUUUUGCACGCAACAUCCGCCGCGCUGAUUGACGGUAUGCGCGAGAUUAUCCUCGAGUCGGACUUUGAAAACGCAAUGAAAGUCCUUACCAGCUGGGUCCCAAUCCGAGACGUGGAGCUAUUCAUGCGUGUCGCCAAAGCAGAAUGGAAAGUCCACCGUCGAAAAAAGUUCCACAAAGAGUGA